AUGACCACUGCAACUGCAAAACGGUUCGACAUCAACCAGUAUGGCUUGACGGAAGUGUACCGUUGCCCCGAACCCCAGGUACCACAGGUUGACAUCGUGUUCGUUCAUGGCCUGAAUGGUGCUUCCUAUAGUACAUGGGCAACUAAGAAACCUGAAGUUUUCUGGCCCGGUGAUCUCCUUCCUCGAACCCUUAAAGGCCUCAAUGUUCGGAUCUUAACGUAUGGAUAUGAUGCAAAUGUGGCUUCGUUCGCAAAGGGGACGUCGAGGGAGAGACUGCAUAACCAUGCUGAGCAUUUGGCCGCCCAACUCCUCGCCAAUAGGAAUUUGCAACGUGCGCUUGAACGACCCAUCAUCUUCGUAUGCCACUCACUGGGUGGCAUCGUGGUGAAGAGGACCCUCCUCCACUGCGAACAUCUCAGACACCCCAAGACACAGCACAUCCGGUCAACAUAUGUGUCGACAUAUGCCAUCCUGUUCAUGGGUACUCCCCACAACGGCUCUGAUCUGGCAAAUCUAGGUACUUCAAUACAAUCCAUAUUCAACUUGGUGCCGAAAAAGUUCUUCGAUACGACUCCCAACCUGCUAAAAACCCUCAGACCUGACAAUGAAAUUUUGCAAAAUGUUAACCGUCAGUUUGCCGAGAUCAUGGGCAGGUUUCGUAUUUACUUCUUCCACGAGUCCAAGCCAAUGGAUCUGAAAGGCACCCGAAGGUUUAUCGUGGAGGAGUCCUCUGCUGCUCCGAUCAUCGAAGGGGUAGAGCGUAUGGGUAUCGAGGCGGACCAUAGUGCCAUGUGUCGGUUCGAAACUGCAAAAUCCCCUGGCUAUGAAGCGGUGGCAGAGGCUAUCCUGCGUUACGCGACAGAGGCACCAGCUGAAAUCGCGAAUAGAUGGGUGCAAGAACAUAGGGCUCGAAGGAAUAAUAUGAGAGAUGAAGCUGAGCGGCUUCGCAAUUCAUUAUCCUCACUGCACGCUGGACAGAAUUCAGAGUUUCUGGCGCUUACCAAAUCACAAUUGAUGUCCAGUACUGAGCUCCCUCCUCCCCAGCUCAACGGAGACCCUCUCCUUGUUGCACCUCCUGGCUUUCAUCCGAACUGGGUAUUCUUUGGCAUGGAAAAGGAAUUGGAAGAACUGCAUAAUCGGCUGUUUAGGGUAAGGAGACGAGCAGAGGAUGUGGUUUCGGUUCUCAUUUAUGGUGGGUCAGGAUCAGGAAAGUCCCAUCUAGCCCGCCAGUAUGUCUUCAAUCACCGUGCGGCGUAUACGGGCGGCAUCUUCUGGAUCGAUGCCAGGUCCAGGGAAUCGUGUUGCCAAUGCUUUUGGGACAUUGCUGAAAGACUGUCCGCAACCCAAGAGAAAGAGUCCCAAGAUCCAGACUGGCAUGACCGGGACAAAUACAUCGGCAAGGUCCUGAGGUGGUUUGCCUCGAAACAAAACUGGCUUGUAAUCUUCGACGGACUCUCCUGCGAUGACGACGACGAAAUCAACGAGUUCAAAAAGUUCAUUCCAUACAACACAAAUUCAAGCAUAAUAUAUACCUCUGUCGAUCGCACCUUGAGGAAAAAGCAAAGGCUGUUCGAACCUUUCGGUCUCAAAGUUAGACCUCUGUCAGUCGAAAAUGCCCGAAAUCUCCUUUUCAAGGAUCUUGGCAUCAAACAACCGACAUCAGAGCAGAUGCGAAAGGCGACGGAGUUGGUGGAACAUUUUGAAUGUUUACCAUUGGCAAUCCACGCUAUAGGUCAUCGACUCAGUGCUACUGGAAAGUCAUUAGAAAAGUAUCGUAUCAAGCCUCAAACUACCGACAAACGGCUUGCCGAACCAUACCGUGGAAUCAUGGCUGACCUACAAAACAAUAACCACCUGGAAGCUGUCAACUUGAUUACGAUUCUCUCCUUCUUCGGACACGAUGUUCCUGUUGGCAUGAUCUAUUUAGGCAGGAAAGCUCUUGCUGAUUGUGGUGUUGAAAUUCGCUCACUUGAGGAGGAUGGGAAUCACGGAAGGCAUAUAGACAACACCUUCGCCAUCCUUAUCAGAUACGGUUUGAUCGAUCGCUUACUCGAUCCUUAUGUCUCGGUUGAACGAGGACCCACUACCCGACGCAGUACGGAAUUUUCCGACAACCAAACCUUCUCAGAACUAGAAAGUUCUCAAGCAAGCGGGAGCCAAAACACGUCAUCUCUCACUGCUAAUAGCUCAAUUGAUGUAGUGAAAAUACACACCGUUGUACAAGCGUUUUUCCGUGAUGAACUCUUGCGACUGGGAGUUGGGGCUUUUGCCUGGUGGCUUGUUGUUGCGACAAGACUCCUUUGCUUGUCAUAUGCCAACGCUGUCUCUAGGAUCAAAACGCAGAAUUCCCCUGGUCUCGUGAAGGAUUUUGGAGAGUAUGAAACUCACGCAAGUGUCCUUCUGGGCCACUUUAAGCAACUUCGACCUUACAAGGGAAACCCAGAUCUUCCCCCUGAUUUGAAUUCUCUCAGUCACGCUCUUGUUCAGGUCAGGAAGGAUAUAUCUGAGGAAAUCAAACACAGGUCCCCCGAGACAUCGCAAGAGUUCAUCAAGCAACAAAAGUCGAUCUUCGAUCGAAGCAGCAGCAUAUCCUCCAUGGCUGAUACACCAAACAGCGCAUCGUCCCUAUUUUCCUGGGAGAUGGAUGUGGACCAAGACAAGGACCAUUCGCCAAUCGAAUUCCUGUCGUCUCGUCCAUUGCUGCAGCGAUUUCCGUCUGACCAUUUACCAUUACCUCCUGCGGAGGAUCCGGGCGAUGAAUCUGAACUAGAGGAUAGUCGGAUGGCUCCCGCGAUAUCUCCUAUUCUUUCCCAAACCACGGAGGUACCUGAAUCCACUGCGACCGAACAAGAUGAGGAUGGCUGGAAGGUUGUUGCGAAAGCUUCCAAACCCAAGGAUUGUAGACUAAUUGGCAUAGUGACACGCCGCUUAGGGAUAAGAAGAGUUCGUGGCCAAAGAAAUCUGGGAAGUUAUAGGCCGGUUGACCCCGUUGUGUCAGUUUCCUGUGUUCAUGGUCAAGGGUCUUCCAGUCGUCCUCAAGAUGUUCCUGGACCCAAUCACGAUUCGGCCAAAUCCGACGCUGAGGCAUCCCUUGCUGCGGUGCAUCAUGCUAGCACACCUCCAAGUCGCGGUGGGGGAGUAAGGAAUAUAAACCCAAAAUUAACACAGAAGGAGAACUACCCAACAUAUGCAAACGUGCUCGCAGGAAAACGUCCGAAUGCCCCUUCAUCAUCUACGCACUCCUCUCCAUCACUGGGAUGGGGGUCAGAAACUAAUAAACCUGCUGAGGACCAUGCUUUAAUUCGUCCCGGAAGCUUCCCAUCACAGGGUGGCUGGUCGCCCAGGUCCUCAUCUGAUAAAUUGACCAAUUCGUAUCUCAGUGAGUUAGGGAUGGGAUCGACCUUGAAAUCUCCGGACAACGAUCGCGUUCCGACACCGCCAUUGCGGUUCCAUUCCCGUCACCCGUCCAGGUCUUCAGAAGGUUCAAGCGGACACGUUCUAGGUCUUCAUGAUCCAGUUCCGCAGCAGUAUUUAGCAGCAACCGGCAGUCCUCCCCUGCCGUACGAUGGCGAUAUAACCAUAAGCAGGCCACGAUACACAAGCUUCGUUAUCCCGCCUCACAACACACACGGCCUGGGGGUUGCUCCAAAUUAUAAUAACGGGAUUCAAGUUGCUCCUACCUGGCAACAAAUGCCGGGAGGCUAUUCAUCGCAGCCCAUGUCUAGAAAUAUUUCCGCUCAGUCUGAUCAAUCGCUCUAUACAGAACCAGCCAGGAUACCACUUAAGUAUUCCCCAGGUCCAAGGCAAAGAGGUUCCUCGCCUCUUCCUAACUUUGCUCGUACCAAAGCUCCUGGGCUCGACACCCGCUCUCCUCAAAUAAUGUUCGGACGAGGUGGCGGAAUAGCAAUCACUUCUCCCCCGACCACACCAACCUCCUUCGACGCCGCCAUGAUGUCCCGUGUAUCUUCAGGACCAGGAAUGAUGGUCGACUCUGGGGACGGGAUGACCCGAAGCUUCGUGGAAUUCAGUCAUCACCCCGCGACACAGUAUAUCCGGUUCGGAGAGCACGAACCCAUAAGUGUGGUGGAGGCCCGUGUGCGAUCAGGGCGCUUUGCAAGGCAGUUCCAACCCGGGCAAAGUAUUGAGAGUACCCGUACGAAUUUCUCCGGCAGCCCCCCUCCUCCCUACCCUAGCCAGAACCUGAUGCCAAGUGCAAGUGAUGAUGACCAUCUUCAAUGGAUGAUCCGCAACCCGCUGGACAAUAUUGAGAAUCUCCAGCACAAUCCACGAUUCAGAAGCGGGAGCUCUCCUGCUAGACCGAAUAUUGAUGGCUAUCCCCGGCGCCAAUGA